AUGUGUUUCAAGAUACGAUCACCAUGUGAUUCAACCCAUAUGGCCCUUUCUGCUUUCACUUGUUACGUAUAUGAGAAGAACAAUCAUCAGAGAUUAGUUGCUGAUCUUCAAGGAUUUGGUGAAUAUCUCACUGAUCCACUCAUUUUAGAUAUAAACAAUGCUUGGGUUCAGGAGACUAACACAGCUGAAGAGGAAAUUCAAAGAUUUAACAAACAGCACCGGUGCUAUGAAAUUUGUCACAAACUAGGACUGCUGUUUCCACCUGGUCAAGAAGCCGAUCAAAACCAUAGUGAAAAUAUGGAAAAAGAUUUCAUUGAAGAUCAUAUUGCUAAUGGGGGAAAUCCAGACUUUACUGCACCCGAGAAUGCACCAAAUGAGUUCUGGAAACAAAAAACUACUCAAGACCGUAUGAGACUCCGUUCUCAAAAAUCACCUGAUGUGUAG